CCCCUUUCCACUCCCCCUCCCUGCCACUUUCGCUCGCCUCCCUUUGUGUCCCUACGCAUCGACAUAGACACAUCCAUAUACAUACCUCGCCAUGACGUCGCACAGUGCCCCCCAUCAUCCGACUGGUAGCCCGCUCACAGGGUUCCCCGUGCCCCAGCUCGCCGUUCCGGGCGUGGCUCCCGGGGCCACGCGCCAGGAGUCCGACACCAUGGGCUCGAUUGCCGUUCCCGCGGACCGGUAUUGGGGCGCCCAGACCCAGCGGUCGCUGGACAACUUCGCCAUCGGCAACGAUGUCUUCCCACGGGAGAUGAUUCGUGCGCUGGGCAUCCUGAAGAAGUCGACGGCCAUCACCAACGCCAAGCUCGGCCUGCUGCCGCAGAAUCUGGCGGACCUGAUCAUUGCGGCGGCCGACGAGGUGAUCUCCGGGCAGCUGGACUCGCACUUCCCGCUGAAGAUCUGGCAAACCGGCUCCGGGACCCAGACCAACAUGAACACCAACGAGGUGAUUUCCAACCGAGCCAUCGAGGCGGCCGGCGGUGUGCUUGGCUCCAAGAAGCCGGUCCACCCGAAUGACCACGUCAACAUGAGCCAGUCCUCCAACGACACCUUCCCGACGGCCAUGCACAUUGCCGUGGCCGAGCAGGUCCAUCACAAGCUCCUGCCCGAGGUGCGCCUGCUGCUGGCGGCCAUCCAGCAGAAGGUCGAAGCCUUCCAGCACAUCAUCAAGAUCGGCCGCACCCACCUGCAGGAUGCCACCCCUUUGACCAUGGGCCAGGCGUUCAGCUCGUUUGCCUCGCAGCUGGAGCAGGCCCUGCACGCGAUCGAGGUGAACCUGACCGGGGUGCUGGCGCUGGCCAUCGGCGGGACGGCCGUCGGGACGGGGCUCAAUGCGCCGGUUGGCUUUGCAGAGGGCGCCGCGGCGGCCAUCGCCGCCGAGACCGGGCUGCCAUUUGUGAGCGCCCCCAACAAGUUUGCCGCCCUGUCCGGGCAUGAGGCCCUGUCGGCCCUGCACGGGGGCGGCCUGCGGACGCUGGCCGUGGCCCUGACCAAGAUCGCCAAUGACAUUCGCCUGCUGGGAUCCGGGCCGCGGUCCGGCCUGGGGGAGCUCAACCUGCCGGCCAAUGAGCCCGGGUCGUCCAUCAUGCCGGGCAAGGUGAACCCCACCCAGUGCGAGGCCCUGACCAUGGUGUGCGCGCAGGUUCUGGGCAAUGACGCGGCCGUGGCCAUCGGCGCCAUGAACGGCCACAUGGAGCUGAAUGUGUACAAGCCGCUGAUCCUGCGCAACGUUCUGGAGUCCACGCGCCUGCUGGCCGACAGCAUGCGGUCCUUCCGGGUGCAUUGCGUUGAGGGUAUCACCGCGAACGAGACGCGCAUUCGCGAGCACCUCAACAACUCCCUGAUGCUGGUGACCGCCCUGGCGCCGCACAUUGGCUACGAGAAGGCCGCCGCCAUCGCGUAUCGUGCCUUCGAGACCGGCGGCACCCUGCGCGCCGUGGCCAUCGAGGGGGGCUAUGUCACCGGCGAGGAGUUCGACCGCUGGGUCGACCCGGCGGCCAUGUGCGCCCCAGGCGCGGGCAACGCAUGA